CGGAAGUUGUUGGCUGCUUCUAGCCUGCCAUCCCUGCAAGUGCAUGUAGCCUUUAGCAGGCUAGCACGCUUCUAAGCGCCUUUUUGGCCUUUUUGUCACUGAGGACCAAAAACGUGAAAAUGUUCGGAGUGUGUGAAAGAUGAAGCCGAGCGAGUCGAGGGGAAUGAUUUUCACCGGUGUUGCCUCUGAAACUGGGGAUAAGAGCACGUAAAGACACCCGGAAGUGUUGUUGAAGCUUCCAGCAGGCGCCGACACAAUGAGUGCCAAAUAUGGCCUGGUGGGCUACAACAGUUCACGGAAGCACAUUUCAAUCUCCAUCCCCUCGUCUACAGAGGUGAUGUCACCUCAUAUAAAGUCUGUGGAGGAGCUGAGGGUUCUGGGGAUCAACCUGAGCAGCUUAAGUGCACCCACACAGUUCUUUAUUUGUGUGGCUGGAGUCUUCUUCUUUUACCUCGUGUAUGGAUACUUACAGGAGUUAAUAUUUUCUGUGGAAGGAUUCAAGCCCUUUGGUUGGUACCUCACUCUGGUCCAGUUUGGCUUCUACUCCAUGUUUGGAUUAGUAGAGCUUCAGCUCACACAGGACAAACGCAGAAGGAUACCAGGGAAGACCUAUAUGAUUAUAGCAUUUUUAACGGUGGGCACUAUGGGCCUGUCAAAUACCUCUUUGGGCUACUUGAACUACCCUACACAGGUCAUCUUCAAGUGCUGUAAACUCAUCCCAGUCAUGAUUGGAGGAGUGUUUAUACAAGGUAAACGCUAUAAUGUGGCUGAUGUGUCUGCUGCUCUCUGCAUGAGUCUGGGACUCAUCUGGUUUACCCUAGCAGACAGCAAAGUGGCCCCCAACUUCAAUGUCACAGGUGUCCUUCUCAUCUCCCUGGCACUGUGUGCAGAUGCUGCCAUUGGAAACGUGCAAGAGAAAGCCAUGAAACUCCAUAACGGCUCCAACUCUGAAAUGGUGCUGUACUCGUACUCCAUUGGUUUUGUCUACAUACUGGUGGGCCUGCUGUGUGUUGGUGGGCUGGGACCGGCCGUAGCAUUCUGCUCAGAGCAUCCCGUGAAGACAUAUGGUUACGCGUUCUUCUUCUCUCUUACGGGUUAUUUUGGGAUCUCCUUUGUGCUGGCCUUAAUCAAGCUCUUUGGGGCUUUGGUUGCUGUAACAGUGACCACUGGGAGGAAGGCCAUGACUAUCGUACUUUCCUUCAUGUUCUUUGCAAAACCCUUCACUUUCCAGUACAUCUGGGGCGGCCUUCUGGUGCUCUUUGGAAUUUUUUUGAAUGUUUACAGUAAAAACAAGGACAAAAUGAAGCUUCCCUCCAUCAAGGACCUCAGGAGCUGGCUGCUGGCGGGAAAGAAAGUCCGAUUUCUUUCACAAAACGUGUAGGAGACACUCAAGAGGUUCGGUGGAAGUCCUGUGCCGACAGACCACUUCUCUCUGCUACUUCCGGGAUGAAAUACCCACAGGAUGUGCUGAAGCAUAUGCCGGGCCUCAUCACCACUAAUAUUGAGCCAAAGAUGGGCACACAGGGUUCGACCUCCAAUCAGCCUCACAGACAGCUGAUAAUAAUCAAACUGUGGGAGAGGGAGUCGCUGUAUUCCACCUGCGUACCAGGACACCGCUGGUUAACCGAAGUGGCACUGUCUGCAGGAAAAUGAAGGAACUGCGUUUUAAAAGGGGAUCAAUGCCUAGUGGGAUCUUGUGAAGCAAUGCUUCAAAGCCCCACUGAAACUUUUUUUCCAAUGUGUUGUACAACACUGAAGACAUGCAGUAUGAGACUUUCUAAAGGGAAGCCAGCUCAUUAGCUCACCAAAUUGCACAGUUUUGCACUGGAAUUGAGUGAAACACUUUAACCCUCGAGUGGUUGGAGCAAAAAUGAAAUGUUUGAAAGAACGAGUACAGAGAUACGUGGUAAUCUGUAUCAUGUGUGAAAUUACUGUCACCCAUCUUAAAAUAAUACAUAUUGAUUUUUUUUUUUUAAGUAUAUUGGCCCCUGCAUGUGCCAGAAAGAUGGAAGAAAAUGUUUUUCAGGACCUUCUUUAUAAAAGUGGCUUUCAUAAGUUUUGUUUGUUUGUUUGUUUUGGGUUUCUUGGGCUAAUCUAUAUGUGACUCGAACCUUAAUUCAUAAUGUGUGUUAUGUGCGAUGGUCACAUUUUUGGGAGUCAGUCACUCCUGGACAUCAACAGCUGCCAUAAUUUGCUAACCAUACGUUUGGGUCAAAGGGUAAAGCUCUUUUUACAAUAAAAUAUGUAUUUAGUAAUUACAGUGGUGGUGUUUUCUUUUUCUUUUCUUUUUUUUUGUCAGCCAGCCCUUAUUCUCUCCUUUUGCACCACUUGAGAGAAGAGUUGAAAUGUUGCCAAAAUGUGUGUGUGUUUAUCCAUCCAGUGGCCUUGGGCGUGUUUGAUUAGGAGUCCUGAAAAAAGAGAGCACUGCUA